AUGUCGUACUCAUCAACCCCGAUGAACAAAUACUGGAUUCCGUCGCAAGAAAUCCAUAAAAAAGUCAUUACGCAGGAUCUUCAAUAUUACCUCGGGCCUCAGGCAACGGUGCGCCCUUUCACCCGCGAGGGGGAGGAUGGCUUCCUCAUCACCACACCUGGCCCUUGUUUAUCAGAUGAACAAAUCAACGACAUCUGCGAAAAGUCUCGUGACGUGUGGGCGUCGAAAGCGGCGGCCCGGGCCACCGAGCCCUCGGAUAAGGCACUAAAGCGGCCACUUCACCAGCCUGUGGUCAUUGAGAAGGCCGGGUCAUAUGGUUCGUCGAAACACAGGAGGUAA